UUAGGCGGGCCAGAGGAUUGAUUACCCAGCGUGCCUUGCCGAGGUUAAUUACCAUGGCAGCCGUCGUGCUCCUCCUCCUGCUCCUGAUGCCGCUAUCGGCAUCGGCAACGGGGCAAGUCUGCGGCAAGGGCGGCGGCAACUACACAGCCAACAGCACCUACAGUUCCAACCUCUCCCUCCUCGCCGCCACGCUCCCCCUCAACGCCUCGUCUUCCCCAACCCUCUUCGCCACGGCCACCGCGGGCCAAUCCCCCGACGCCGUCCACGCGCUCGCGCUCUGCCGCGGGGACACCGCCCCCGACAACGCCACCGCCUGCAGCGGCUGCAUCUCCGACUCGUUCCGCUACGCGCAGGAGCUUUGCCCUAACGCCAGGGCCGCCGCCGUCUAUUUCGAGUACAACGACUCCGAUUCGCGCCCCGGGUGCCUCCUCGGCUUCUCCCCCGACGCCGCCUUCCUCAGCCUCACCCCCUCCGGCAUCGCCGCCGCCGACGAAUCCACGCUGUUCCAGUACUGGUACUUCCAGAGCAUGCGCGGCGAUGCCGCCGCCGUGGCGGCCGACGUCCGCGAGCUCCUCAACGGCACGGCCCAUGACGCGGCGGCGGCCAAGAGGUUCUUCGCCACGGCGGUCAUGGACUCGGCGAGCAGCGACGUCCCCACGCUCUACUCCCUGGCGCAGUGCACGCCGGACCUCUCCACCGGGGACUGCCUCUCGUGCCUCCAGCGGCUCCUCGCCAUGGUCAACGACACCACGGCCGUGCGCAUGGGAGGGAAGAUCCUCGCGCUGCGCUGCACCAUCAGGUUCGAGGCCUUUAUGUUCUACAACGGCCUAGCCAUGCGGCGGAUCAAUCCAUCGUCUUCCGGCGUAAUUCCGGCGCCGCCAGUCCGGGAUCCCCCAGGCAAGAGAAAUAGAGUCAGACCUUGGGUCAUUGCUAUAUCUGUGGCUGCUCCUGUAGCACUAGUUGCUCUCUGCUUCAUACUCUACUAUCGUCGGCUCAGAAGAAGGUACAAAAAAGGUAAAAUGAGGUUAAACGGAAAGCGUGCUCGCAAGUUGCAAGGAGGAGAUGAACUACUUUGGGAAAUGGAAGCAGAGUUUUCUGUUUUUGACUUUCAUCAGAUAUUGGAGGCUACACGUUACUUUUCCGAAGAAAACAAACUUGGAGAAGGUGGAUUUGGCCCUGUAUAUAAGGGCCAAUUUCCUGAUGGAAUGGAGAUUGCAGUUAAGAGACUUGCUUCACAUUCAGGACAAGGUUUCAUAGAGUUCAAAAAUGAAGUUCAGCUCAUAGCCAAACUUCAACACAGGAAUUUGGUUAGGCUCUUGGGAUGUUGCUCUCAAGGAGAGGAGAAAAUACUGGUCUAUGAAUACUUGCCGAACAAAAGCUUAGACUUCUUCAUCUUUGAUGAAGAUAAAAAAGCUUUGAUGGAUUGGAACAAACGCCUUGCAAUCACAGAAGGAAUAGCGGAAGGACUUCUUUACCUACAUAAGCACUCUCGGCUGUGUGUCAUACAUCGUGAUCUUAAACCAAGCAACAUUCUCUUGGACAGCGAAAUGAAUCCUAAAAUUUCAGAUUUUGGACUAGCAAAAAUAUUCAGCUCAAAUGCUACUGACGAAGGAAACACUACAAGAAGAGUGGUUGGUACAUAUGGCUACAUGGCUCCCGAGUAUGCGUCCGAGGGCCUGUUCUCUGUGAAAUCCGAUGUAUUCAGCUUUGGCGUUUUAAUUCUCGAGAUCCUAAGCGGGAAAAGGAAUUCUGGUAGAAAUCAAUGUGGAGAUUUCAUCAAUAUCCUGGGAUAUGCUUGGCAGCUGUGGGAUGAGGGCAGAUGGAUUGAAAUCGUUGAUGCGUCAUUGAAUCCGAAGAGUCACUCUGAAGAAAUAAUGAGGUGCAUUAACAUUGCACUGUUGUGUGUGCAAGAGAAUGCAGCAGAUCGACCGACUAUGUUGGACGUUGUUGCAAUGCUAAGCAGCAAGACUAUGAUCCUACGUGAGACUAAGCACCCAGCAUAUUUCAAUUUAAGGGUAGGCAAUGAAGAGGCUUCCAGUGGUACUCAGUCAUGCAGUGUUAAUGAUUUGACAAUAUCUGUCACAACUGCUAGAUAGUUUUUCUCAGUGUCAUGUACUUUUGCCAAUCCAACGUAUGUUUGAUGAUAACGUGUAUAGUGCAUAAUUUUUUCUCUGUGUCAUAAUAGAAAUGAAAACUUUGUACAGUGAGCAUAGCCAAUCAAAACCAUUGUUGUGUGUGUGAAUGCAAAUGUGUACGUAAAUUUGUUUAUUCUCA